AACCAAAGAAAGUAACGUGUCUGAAUCUUUUCCAAACACCAGGAGCAAAUGGGCGUUGGUGCCACUUUCUGACGUGCAGAUCAUGCGGAUGUGCCCUGUCGCUCGGACGCGCACCGCCUCCAUUUGUGCGUCUCUGACGGAGAAAGGUCCCGGGUGGUGGUGCCUGAAGCGGGAUGGGCUGCAGGAGAGCUGGCUCACGACACGAGGAUCUAUAAACUUUUCCUUCUGGCAGCUUCGGCGCACAGACUUCCACCGAGUUUAACUCAAACCACAACAAAAAAAGCAACAGGAGAACGUUUGCUCUGAGUCAAAGCAGCAAACAUGGCACAGCUGUAUUACAAGAAAAAUGACACCUCCUCGUACAGAGACCGAAUCCCGUUGCGGAUAGUGCGGGCUGAAUCGGAGCUCUCUCCCAUGGAGAAAGCCUACCUGGGGGCUGUUGAAAAGGGGGACUAUGGAAGUGUGAAGCAAGCCCUGGAGGAGGCAGAGAUUUAUUUCAGGAUCAACAUCAACUGCAUCGACCCCCUGGGGCGCACCGCUCUGCUUAUUGCCAUCGAAAACGAGAACUUGGAGAUCAUAGAGCUGCUGCUGAGCUAUAACAUUCAUGUGGGUGAUGCCCUGCUGCACGCCAUUCGGAAAGAAGUGGUGGGAGCUGUUGAGCUGCUUCUUAACCACAAGAGACCUCGUGGGGAAAAACAGGUCCCACCGAUUCUUUUAGACCGGCAGUUUUCCGACUUCACCCCAGACAUCACCCCGAUCAUUCUCGCAGCUCACACCAACAACUAUGAGAUCAUCAAGCUGCUUCUGCAGCGAGGUGUUUCCGUACCUCAGCCACAUGCGGUGCGUUGCAACUGUGUGGAGUGCAUGUCCAGUUCAGACAUGGACAGCCUGCGUUACUCCCGCUCUCGUCUUAACAUCUACAAGGCCCUAGCCAGCCCCUCGCUCAUAGCUCUCUCCAGCGAGGAUCCGUUCCUCACAGCUUUCCAACUCAGCUGGGAGCUGAAGGAGCUCAGCAAUGUGGAGAACGAGUUCAAGGCAGAGUACCAGGAGCUGUCUCAAAUGUGUAAACAAUUUGCAAAAGAUUUGUUGGACCAGACUCGAAGUUCUAAAGAGUUGAACAUUAUCCUCAACUACCGUGAUGACAUCAACCCUCUGCUGGAUGAGAACAUUAAUGAUUUAGCCCGGCUGAAGCUGGCCAUCAAAUAUUCCCAAAAAGAGUUUGUCGCUCAACCAAAUUGCCAGCAGCUCCUGGCAUCUCGCUGGUACAGUGAAUUCCCGGGCUGGAGGAGGCGUCACUGGGCAGUGAAGCUCAUCACCUGCAUCUUCAUUGGCUUCCUCUUUCCACUGUUGUCCACCUUCUACUUGAUUGCUCCAAAGAGCUUCUAUGGCCUGUCCAUUCGUAAACCCUUCAUCAAGUUCAUCUGUCACACGUCUUCCUAUCUGACCUUCCUCGUCCUGCUCUUCUUGGCCUCACAGCACAUUGACUCUAGCGACACAGCUAUCCGAGAUGCAGCUCAGAGCCCAGCAUCCAGCAUUUACUCUAGCACACCAGCAUGCCGCCGAGCUGAAACUCAGGGUCCAGCACCCACCGUUGUGGAAUGGAUCAUCCUGCCCUGGGUGAUUGGUUAUAUAUGGAUGGAGAUCAAGCAGAUGUGGGACAGUGGUUUAAAGGACUACCUGGAUGACUGGUGGAACAUUAUGGACUUCAUAAUGAACUCCUUGUAUCUCGCUACCAUUUCUCUGAAGAUCGUUUCCUACACAAAGUACAGUGGAUGCAAGCCUAGAAAAGAUUGGGAGAUGUUGCAUCCUACUUUGAUGGCAGAAGCCUUGUUUGCCAUCGCAAACAUCUUCAGUUCCUUACGCCUCAUCUCUCUCUUCACUGCCAACUCCCACCUAGGCCCUUUACAGAUAUCUCUGGGCCGCAUGCUUCUGGAUAUCCUCAAAUUCCUCUUCAUCUACUGCCUGGUUCUCUUGGCCUUUGCCAACGGCCUCAAUCAGCUCUACUAUUAUUACAAGACAGAAGGAAAACCAAAAGAAAAUCCUUGCAAGGGUAUUCGGUGUAGUACACAGAACAACGCCUUUUCAACAUUGUUUGAAACCCUUCAAUCGUUAUUCUGGUCUAUAUUUGGCCUGAUUAGCCUCUAUGUGACCAACGUAGACCCAGAUCAUGAAUUCACAGAAUUCGUGGGCUCCACUAUGUUCGGUACAUACAAUAUUAUCUCCUUGGUGGUGCUUCUGAACAUGCUAAUUGCAAUGAUGAACAACUCCUACCAACACAUCGCUGAUCACGCAGACAUAGAGUGGAAAUUUGCACGAACUAAAUUAUGGAUGAGCUAUUUUGAAGAAGGGGGGACUUUGCCAUCUCCAUUCAACAUCGUCCCCAGUCCAAAAUCGGUUUGCUAUCUAGCAGGAUGGAUAAAAACACAUUUGUUUAGAAGACGAGGCAAAAAAACAUGCGACUCAUUUGAGACUUUGGGGACCCGUGCAGCAGAAAACAUCCGAUUAACUCAUGAAUUUCAGGAAGUCAUGAAGAACCUUGUGAAGCGAUAUGUGGCUGCAAAGAUCAGAGAUGCAAAAACUGAAGAAGGACUGACGGAGGAAAAUUUCAAGGAACUGAAGCAAGACAUCUCAAGCUUCCGUUAUGAAGUUUUGGCAAUGACGAAGAAUAGGCCUAACUGUGGUGGAUCAAGUCCACUUUCAGGCUCUUCGCUAGCUUACGCAGGAAACUCGUUUAGGUAUUGUCCCAAAGUAUCUACUGAUGAACCUCAAAAGAAGCCAAAGUUGCUCGAUGUGAUCAACUCCACCACCUUGCAAAAUAAAGCUGGCAAAACCACCAUCUCUGUGAGCUCAGAUAAGUCAACGGAUGGUUUGGUUGUGUUGUCUAGCACAGAAAAGACGUUGUCCAAUGAGGUUUUGAAUGCUGAAUGUCCUCAGAGACAGAGGCAACUUUCCACUCAGAAUGAAACAUGCUCACCGCCAGAGCAGAAUCCUUUCAAUACUGGAAGUUCGAACAAAGAUAGGAAUGUGGAAACCUCACAGACGGUCCCGACUGAUGUUCAAGAAACGGGUUUUUCUUUCACAGUUCACACCAGUGAAGUAGAAAAUGCCUCCUGUAAUGCAAAUACGACUCGGUGAGUAAGCAAGGGUUGUUUCAAUUUUUAAAUGUGCACUAAAUUAAAUGAAAUUACAUUUAUUUAAUUUUAUUUAAAAUAGUUAUUAGUUAUGAGUUAAACUGUGGCUAUAUUUAUCAACCUACAUUUGAUCAUGAAUAGAAUAAUAAUUAUUUAAUGAUAUAUCACAAUGAUAUUGAGGGUAUUGUUUACUUAGUGCUCAGGGAAUAAUUUAUGUUUGAUCUUGAGUUGUUUAUGUGCUUAGCAGCAUCUUGAGUAAAUAAAUCCAAAGAAAUAUGACACCUGGAUGCCUUUUCCCUUGUUAGGUCUUCUAAUAUUCUCUCACUAUAAAAACAGUAUUACUCCUGACAAUGUACAUUUAUAAAAAUGUAAAAAACUAACCAGGAAAAUUUACAUAUGUAAAUUUAUUAACAUUGUGUAUGACAACGUCAAUCGUAAUCACUGCUGGAGAUCAUUUAAUAUUGUAUUUGGACUCUUCAGAUGUUUUUUAUGCGCAAUGUAGGGUUCUGCAUUAAAGUUAAUUUAUUCUUUUUAUUUAUUGCCUAGAGAUGAUUUAUUUAUUAUUUAUGCUGAAUCCAAAUAAAAUUUAUCAGCUUUUGUAUUUUGUAGUACUGUUAAUUUGUAAAUAUUUGAUUGUUACUAACACUUUUACCAAUUGUAAGAUGUAAUACAACCACUCUUUAAUAAAUAUAACCAGAUUUCAAGCAUGUUUUCAAAUGUUUUGGUCUCUUUUUAUACAAUGAUGUAAAAAGCGUUUUGAACAUUAACAGGAGGACAGAUGUCUGUCUGUUUGAUUGUAAAUGUAUUUAUUAUGAAGAGAAAGAAGAGGUAACUAUAUGCUGGUAAAGGUUCUCAGAGAAGAAACUUUAUAUAGUACUUUGUACCUGAUACAAUCACAAAGUGUGUCACAGAAACAAUAAAACAACAAAAGUAUUACAGAAAA